AGGUUAAACUUUCUGGAAAACCUGGACCAUUAUGUCCAGUGCAGUAUAAAAGACUAGAAAAAGAAUUCCAUUUUGCUAAUCAAUGGACUCCCAUUUGGUGUGGUGAUAACAUGGGCCUGAGAUAUGAGGUCCACAUGUGGGGGAAUAAGGUUGAGGUCAAUUUAGGUGAAUGGACAUGCACUUGUGGAGUAUGGCAACUAACAGGGAUGCCAUGCCGACAUGCCAUUGCAACAAUAACUCACAAAGGAGGGAAGCCUGAGGACAUGUGUCAUGAGUGGCUGUCAAUAGAAGCUUAUAAUAAGACAUACCAGCAUUUUAUUGAACCAGUCCAAGGACCACAAUAUUGGGCCCAGACACAGUAUACACACCCUGUUCCACCACAUAAAAAGGUCCAAAGAGGAAGGCCAAAGAAAAAUAGAAGGAGAUCUGUAGAUGAGGACAAUGUCACAGGACAUAAGCUAAAGAGGAAAUUGGCUGAGUUUACAUGUGGAAGGUGUGGCCAAACCAAUCAUAACAUUAGAAGCUGUAAAAAUAUUGGAGUUCCUGUUAGGCCAAAGAAAUAUGUUGCACCAUCAACUUCCAAUGAGGAUGACCACCUAUUAUCUCAAGAUGAACAAGCUUUGAAUGAGGCUGAAGAAGCUGUUGCUCAUGUUCAACAAGAUCCGGUGGAGAUUAAUUUAUCUCAGCCUCAUUUGUCACAAGAUAGUGACAUGGAGGUCCCUGCAACUAUUGUUCCACCAAUAGCAAGGAAUAAGCUAGCCAUAACAAGAGCCAAAAAAAGGAAGGUUGCUGAUAAAGAUGAUGCAGAAAACUGAAGAACCAUUUUUUGUUGCAUUUUGAAGGUUGCUGAAGACCCAUUUUUUGUUGCGCAUUUUGAAGGUUGCUGAGUUUGAAGGUUGCUGAUGAAGAAAACUGAAGAAGCAUUUUUUGUUGCAUUUUGAUAUUAGGAUGUGUAGUUGUAUAUUUUGAAAGCUUCACUGGCAUGUGAAAUGAUGUCAAAUAUUAGGAUGUGUAGUUGUAUAGUUUGAAGGCCUACUGAACAAUUGCUUCUAACUACCAUGCUUUGGGAUGUCAAAUAUUAUGUGAAAUUGAUCUAAAGUCAUGUUUCUUCUCUUUCUUUUAUAAAUUAUACACUGUGUUGGAUUUGGAGUUGGAGUAGUACAAUCCAUCCCAACAUACAUUAUGAGUUGCUUCUUAUUA